AAAUUUGGGACUUAGAAUCAAUCGGUGUGACUGAAGAUCCUAAAGGUCAAAGUGCCGAUGAAAAUUACGUUGUUCAACAAUUCAAGGACAAUGUGAAGUUUGAUUGGCAAAGGUACGAAGUGUCGCUGCCCUGGAAGGAAAAUCCCAAUUUACCGAGUACUCGAGGACUUGCUCAGCGACUUGCAAAUGUUGAGGCAAGACUAAGAAAACAACCUGAACAAGCACAGAUGUAUAAAGACUCUAUUAAUCAAUAUCUGAACGAUGGUCACGCCAGACCAAUAAUGGCAGAAGAUGAGAAGGCUUGUAGAAUUCAUUAUCUCCCACAUCAUCCCGUAUUCAGAGAGGAAAAAUCUACAACGAAAUGCAGAGCUGUGUUUGAUGCGGCUGCGAAGGGUCUAGAAGGAGUAUCCUUGAACGAUUGCCUAUUACCUGGUCCAGCGCUGCAACCUGACUUGGUAUUGUUGUUGAUCCGCUUCAGAUGUCAUCGUAUCGGAAUGAUGGCGGACGUUCGUAAGAUGUUUUUACAAAUCAGAUUAGCUCCCGAAGAUCAGAACGUGCAUCGUUUCCUCUCGAGGGAUAUGGAUCCCAAUCAAGAAAUAAAACUUAUUGUAUGACGAGACUCCCGUUUGGCGACGUGAGCAGCCCGUACGAAGCGAUAGCAACAAUACAUCAUAAUGCCGAUCAAUGUAAAGAGACAUAUCCUGAAGCAGCUCAAGUUAUUAAAGAAGAUACGUACGUGGAUGAUUGUUUAACCGGAUGCGAAACCGAAACAAUGGCCUGUGAACUUUAUAGCGAUUUGCUCGAGAUGAUGAAGAUUGGAGGUUUUGACCUGUUAAAAUGGGCAGCGAAUUCUAAAGCGUUGUUGGCUUAUAUUCCCGCUGACCAAAGAGCAACUAGUCGGUCGGUCUGCCUUGAUGACGACUCUGACCCUUUGAAAGCUCUUGGACUAUCCUGCAGCUGGGACACCAUUGAUGACGUGUUCUUAUUCCACCAAGGAGAUAAAUAAGAAAUCAGAAAUGAAUGGCAAAAGUGGAAAGAAGAACUUGAACAUUUGAAUCUGAUUCGCAUCAGUCGUUCCUUCCUAACAGGGCUCGGCCUCGAAAUAAUCAGUAUCCAGCUUCAUGGCUACAGUGAUGCAAGCCCGAAAGCUUACGAGCCGUUGCCUAUCUUCGUCUUCAAGAUUCCACAGAAAACGUACAAAUACAACUCCUAAUCGCGAAGACGAGAGUCGCGCCUACAAAAAAAGUUACGUUGCCAAGAUUGGAAUUGAUGGCAGCCUAUUUAUUGUCAAAGAUGACCGCGUUUCUUCUCAAAGUCUUAGGUGGAACGGUCAACCAGUAUACCUGUUGGUCAGACAGUACGAUAACAUUGAGCUGGAUUCGCAGACCCAGCUAUAUCUGGAAGGUAUUCGUGGCAAACCGGGUUCAAGCCAUCCAACAGAAUACUGACCCAGAAUGUUGGCGAUUUUGUCCUGGAGGCACGAAUCCUGCAGAUCUUGUAACGCGUGGAGAGACAUUGAAAAAUCUGGCAGAUAAUCCCCUUUGGUGGAACGGACCACAGUGGCUCUGUAAACCUCCCGAGGAAUGGCCAAAGAAUUUAGUUGACAAAGAAUUGCUGGAAUGCCCGGAGAGAAAUCAGAAAGUUGUUUGUAACGUAGCGGUAUCCACCUUUCCGUCGUCAUGCAUCGAUGCAGAAAGAUCCGGACGUUGGACUAAGCUAGUCCAGAAAACAGCAUUGGUAUUUAGAGCCAUAGUUCUGUUCAACCGAUUAUUUAAGCGAGGCAAGUUGCCGAGAAACAUUAAUCUAAGCCCAGAAAUCACCGCUGAGGAAAUGAAAUAAGCUCAAAUCUAUUGGUACCAGGAGAUACAGAAGACAAGUUUUGUUGAAGAGUGGUGCCGAUUACAGAAGAAAGAUGGACUACCUUCAAAGAGUCCCCUUCGCAAGCUGAAUCCUUAUUUUGACGAAAACGAUAAGUUAAUACCAGUUGGUGGUCGUCUACAGUUUUCUGAAUUGUCAGAAAAGACGAAGCAUCAAAUCAUCUUACCUGCGAAACACCCAGUCGUAGACAAGAUAAUUAUACAUUCUCACGAAGUCCAAGCUUCACACGCAGGUCCAGAAACAACUUUGGCUAUUCUAAGAGAAACUUUCUGGAUACUUCGUGGUCGUCGUGCAGUUAAACGAGCCAUCAAUAGCUGUCGUAUCUGCCGAAAGUUCCAAAUUGGGCCAGUCCAACAACAGAUGGCACCCUUACCCGCUGAGCAAGUUACCCAUUCUCCCACAUUCACGCAUGUGGAGAUUGAUUUCACCGGACACUUGAUUUUGAAGGCACAAAAGAAGUCAGAUAAAAGUUUUCAAAAGGUGUACGUUUGUAUAUUUUCCUGCGCUACAACUCGGAUGGUGCACCUGGAGUUAACAAACGAUAUGACGACCGAAGAAUUUCUUCAAGCUUUACGUCGGAUGUAUAGUCGCCGAGGACUAUGCAAUACGUUGUGGUCAGAUAACCAAACUACGUUUAAGAAAGCUGACAAAGAUAUCAUGCGGUUGUUCGAAGCUUCCAGUCAGAAAAUGAACAAAGUAUGGAAGAAACUGGACCCUUCUCAUCUACAAAGAGAGAUGUUCUCGAAAGGAAUCAAGUGGAAGUUUAUAACAGAAAGAAGUCCUCAUCGUGGUGGUUGGUGGGAACGAAUUUGUCGCUCAUUGAAAGAUCCUCUUAGAAAAAUCUUGGGGAAAGCCCUGUUGACCUACACUGAAAUGUAUACUGUUUUAACGGACAUUGAAGCAGUUAUCAACUCGAGACCUCUCACGUUUAUCGGUGAUGAUAUCAAUGACGGUCAAGCUAUCACACCAGCACACCUAGCAUUAGGACGAAGUUUGAAAGCGAUCCCAGAUGCAACAGUUGGAUCAAGUACCAUAGCACCAGUAUCGUCAAGAUUCCUGUAUCGACAAAAUUUAGUCAACCGCUUCUGGCGGAGGUGGCUGACAGAAUAUUUACCACAACUGACGAUUCGCCAAAAAUGGUUGGAAGAGAAACCACCGUUAAAGGUUGGAGAUAUCAUGUUGAUGUCGGAGGACAACGUCAAACGCGGAAAUUGGCCAUUAGCUAUCGUUAAAGAGAUACACAAGGGAAAAGACGGCCUCAUUCGCACAGUCACAUUACGGACCAAGUUGGGGCAAGAACGACGGUCGGUGCAAAAGUUAUAUUUAUUGGAAGAAGCGCACAGUGUAGAAGAAGACCUGAGAAAUAAGGAGAAAUUAGAGCAAAGUCAAAGUUUAGAGAUUGCGCCAGAGAUAUGUGAGAAAAUUCAAAAGCAAGUUGUCGAAGAACAAAAAACAGAAAAUGAGCAGGAUUUAGAUGCUGAGUGUCAAGGCGGGGAGAAUGUAAAGUAUACCCGCUUUGGGCGUUUAAUAAAGGUGAACCAACCACAAACGCCGUGCCAACCCCUGUAA